AUGGUCUUUACCUGCCUGCUCAGGGGGAUGCUCAGCCGGAUUCUGCGCGUGCGACUGGUCACAGUGCGGGUGGCAAGCCAGAAUCGUCAGAGCUUGAUCUCAGCGCAGCGGUUGCCAAAGCCGCGAGAGAUUUGGAGGAGAAGCAGCAGCAGAAGGUUGCAAGGUUGCGAGGGGAGCGUCGAGGAGAGACAUCUCAUGGUGAUCGGGAGAGAGGCCGCGAGCGCUCGAGGUCUCGCAAGAAGGACGCAAGCGACGCCAAGCCUCGUCCAGAGCGGACGCGGAGCAGGCGGCUUGAGCGGUCCGGUAGCAGAGCUAAAGCCAUGA